AUGGUGGACAUAGUUGCCGGACGUAUUAAUCGUGUGCUGGAAACACUUGAAUCCUUCAGAAGCCAGUGGACACCAGCUGUGGCACGGCAGAUCGAUCUAGUACGUCGUGUUUAUAAUGAGUUAUUGAUUGACGAUGAUCCAGAAGCGGAGCUGUCGGUAACUGCAGAAGUGGUACUUGCACAGGCUAUGGAAAAAUUGGGAGACAUGCUGCAAGAGAUGGCGCAUCAACACCGGAGUACUCAUCAAAUGUUGUCAAAGAUUGGCAAAGCUAUCGACAGAUAUUUUAUCACGGAUCUUAGUUCUUUAACGAAAAUUGAUAAGAAUAUUGAUACAGAUCCAAGACUGCAUGGAAGAGUCAACGCUCUCAUCACUAAUCAUUUGACGAGUACCGGAAAAUUCGAUGUUGCGGAUAUUCUGACGAAAGAGGCACAGCUGCCAGCAUCGGAAGGUUUGGAAUUCAAUGUGGAUGAUAUCCGACAUUUAAUGGAAGCGUUCCAGAAAAGAGAUAUUACUCCCGCACUCCAGUGGCUCAAGCAAAAUGCUUCGCGAGAUGAACAACUGAUUUAUGAUCUUCAAAAACAACAUUUUGUCAAACUUCUGGAAGAUGGGCAAACUAUGGAGGCUUUGCAGUACAGUCACCAUCUUUCGAAAAAUCCAGACGAGAUGAUACAAUUGCUGUGGGCAAUUGUUGCCAAAGAUCGUAAAACGCGUUAUCCUGAUCUUUUCAAUCCCGUUGUUUGGCAGCAACUCGAAUUGCGUCUUGCUCGAGUUAUGUCUCGAUCAGAAAAUUAUCUCAGUCAAAUUCUUGAACUUGGCAUCAAGAUGGUACCAUCACUCAUUAGUCUUCGUCAGCUAAUGAUAAAUCGAUCACUGGAAUCUCUUUUUCAAGGUGAUGAAUUGCCCAUUGAAGUGGAUGUGCCGAAUGCCGCCCAUUCUGUGUUCGCUUGCCCAAUUCUUAAGGCACAGUGCACGGAACAAAAUCCUCCUAUGCGUCUCACAUGUGGUCAUGUAAUUUCUCGAGAAGCACUUCAUAAAUUAGCCCAAACAGGACGUUUCGUUGCACCGACCAAUUUGGCUCCUUCCAAUGCUUUCAGUCAUAUUCGUUUGAAGUGUCCGUAUUGUCCAGUGGAAUCAUCAGUAGCUGAUGCUAAGAGAGUAUAUUUCUAA